GCCCCGAAUGUUUUUCUCUCGUGUGCCUUUGCUUCGCGCUCCAAGAUAAAACAUCGACAAAACGCCAGCAUCACCGACACCAACAGUCAACACAGCAAUAACAUCGGGUCGACAACAAAUCAAUCAUCACUCCGGUGUGUACCGCACCCGAUCUCAUCUGUACGUGGGUGCUAUAGUCCCCCGAUUAACCGAUGCGCAGUUCCCAAGAGCCUAGCAAUGAUCGAUCCCAUCAGCGGCUGGGCCAUUGGCAUAACGGCUCUCAUGCUUGCCAUCUACGGCCCUUACACCUACUGGAUCUCCCAUGGCCCUACCUGGGACGAGUGGCGCGAGCGUGAGGAGGCCGCCGACAGACGACGCCUCCGCCAGGCCGUCCGUGACGAGAACCGCGCAGCCGACGCGGCCAUGCUUCGCCAACUUACCGAGCGAGCCGCCGAGCUCAAGGCCCGCAAGGAGAGGCAGUUGGAGGAAAAGACCGGUAGCAAAGAUCAGUCGGAGAAGAAGACUGUCUGAGCGAGAGAGAAACAGGACGCAAAGUACGCGGCGUGGCUGACAAAAAUG